ACGCGGCUGACAGGCAGAGGCGGAGAAUGUGACGCAAGAGUAGGCGGGGAGAGAGGGCGGAAGUUGUUGUAUUGCAGCAGGAGGCUGUUUGUCUGUGCUGCUGCUGACACAGCCGGGAUCCCGGAGUCAGAGAUUCUCUUUCCUCUUCUCCCGAGCGCAGCCUGAUGACCGCUCCCGGAUACAGGGUCUUUCCUGUUUAGCAGCCCAGCUGGACUCUAUGGAAGUGAUGGAAAGUCCCCUGAACCUGGCACACCAGCAAAGCAGAAAAGCAGACCGGUUUUUGGCAACAGGCAAAUAUGAAGAAGCCAUUGCGUGCCACAAGAAAGCUGCCGCUUAUCUCUCAGAGGCCAAGAAGCUGACACAGUCUGAGCAGAUGUUGCCAAUAAUCCCACAGGCUCAGCUGUCCCUGGAGCUCCAGCGGGAAAGUCACAUGAAGCACCAACUGUUGAUCCAAGAGAGACUGAAGCGAGCGAGAAGAGAGGAGAAGCUCAGUGCCCAACAAAAAUCAGAGAAGGAACUGACUGCUCGUCUCCAGGCCUCCUACAGAUCCGCUACUGAUGACGUCGAUAGCCAAAAUACACUGGUUUCUGCGGGGCAGAAAUUAGGCUCCAACCCAGGGAAGUGUCCGCAGGAGAUCCCCAGCGUGCUGGAUAGAGAGCCAGACUCUCUCAUGUACUUGCUGCAGCGCAGGAAGGAGCCGGUGGAGACCUGCAAAAUAUCCAAAGCCCCUAAGGAUGACAAAACAAAACUGGAAGAGCAAGCGACCACCAUCAAAGAGUUAAACCAACUGGUGGACACGCUGCUCGCUGAGAACGAGGCUUUGAGAAAGGAGAACAAGAAGCUGCGGGCGGAAGUGGCCAGGCUGCGGAAGAAUCCAGAAAAGGAUCUGGACAUCGAUACGGAUUUCGUGGAGAAGUCAGAACUGUGGAAUAUGCAGCAGCCGACGGGAAGCGCAGCCAACCCCACGUCCGCCUGGCAGAAGUUUGUAGCGCACAGUGGAACGAACAUUCCCAAUCUUCCACCUCUAGACAUUCCUCUGCCGGAGCUUCCCCCUCUAGAGCUCCCUGAAGAUAUACAAUCCCAGCUUAAAGUACUUAUGGAUAGCUAGAGGCCUCGAUCAUCCGUGUACAAUCUCCAGGAAAGGGAAAUGUAUCAGGGCAGCAGUACUGUAAGGACAGUCUUACUGGACCAGGAUUCACUGUCAGAGGAAAUGUACAGGAUACUGGUCGACACGUCACUGUGAAACUGUCACUAAGAUUUCUCCUGAUGAACCUGACCGGAAAUCUACAACUGAUAAUGUUUCUCCCAAAUUUCUUUAUCUCCUGUCUCAGUAAUGCCUGGAAUCAGCGUUGCCUACAGUUUCUAACAGAGAUAAUGCAGAGCCUGUCUCUAACAUUCUCAUUAUGCAUUCAGAAUGUAUUUCUCUACUUAUGCACGAUACAUGCCUGGGUCCUUAGAGGGUGGCCAAACACGGGGAAUUGUCCUGGGCCAUGCAGAUAGUGGGGCCCAGCAGAGCAGCAAUGAGGAAAUCGUAUGAGAAAGCCCAACAAUACAGCACAAAUCCCCCUAAUCACAGACACCUCAGUGGCAUCUACUGUAGAAUCCGAGGUAAUAGUCUUUGGGAAGGGAGUGUGACUGUGGGAUAGCAGGUAUAGUAGGGAGAGAUGGUGCCUAUAGUAACAGUGGAUAAUAGUCUCUGGGAAGGGAGUGUGACUGUGGGAUAGCAGGUAUAGUAG